AUGCUGCAGCAUGCAGUGCCAAGAUUGUCCAUAUCACGACAAAUGGUAGCCAGAUCAUGGCGCUCUUUGCGCGUGCCAUAUAAUCGAGGUAUGUCACACAGGCCAUCUGAGCCUUUGCCUGAAGACACUACACCUGCUAUGUGGCAACGUGUUGCGCAGCUUAUCGCUGGCACAGUUGCUACGGGCUCGUUUGCUUAUUUUGUUCUAUUGGGCGAUUUUGGCGAAGGUGAUCACUGCUUUGUGCCCAUUCGACAAGCUCUGAAUGUGGACGCACCCGCGUGGCGCGCCAAGUUAUGGCCUCGCAGCAACGAACAACGUACAUCUUCUUGA